UCAAUUUCAGGUUUUUGAGCUUCUAUCACCAUGGCUUCAGGAGGAUCCAAAUCCGUAGCCAGCAUCCUCUUAGCACUAAAUUUAGUGCUGUAUUUGGUUAUCACUGUAAUUGCUUCAUGGGCAGUGAAUCAUGGGGUUGACCGUUCUCGUGAAACAGCAUCUAGGUUGCCGAUUCCAGCUCGGAUAUUCCCAAUAUACUUCCCAAUAGGAAAUAACAUGGCAACUGGGUUCUUCAUAAUAUUCAGUCUAAUAGCUGGGGUUGUGGGCGCCACCACCUCACUUACUGGAUUACAUAACCUUUCUCAAUGGAAUGCCCCAAACUUAAACGCAGCAGCUGUAUCUUCAUUCACAACUUGGGCACUCACUGUUCUAGCCAUGGGAUUUGCAUGCAAGGAGAUUGAGCUUGGCUGGACAGACUCUAACCUGCGCACCUUAGAAAUAUUCACAAUAAUUGUAACAGCGACACAAAUGUUAUGCACGGGUGUUAUCCACGUUGGAGUUUCUGAGGCUCCAAGCAUCACAUACUGAGCCUCACUUUCAUAUCAAACAUUCACACUCCUCAAUCCAAUGCUUCUGGACUUUAUAUUUUGAGACUUUCUUAUCGUUCUUAUCUUCGUUAUUAUUUCAUUGUUGGACGAAAGAGUUGAAUUAUUCGCUGUCUUGUAUUUUCUUGGCGUCGAUUUGAUUAUGGAAUGCGUGAUCUAUCAAAUUUGCUACCAGUUAUUCGA